CUGCAACAUACGCAUGCGCAGCAAAGAAAUGGCGGAAGUGGUUGCUAACCUGAAGCCUCAGUGUACACAAACAUAAUAUCAGCCACUUAUGGAUAAGAAAGCGCUCCUUAAAAGACAACCAAACUGACGCUUCGUCUAUGUAACGCCGGGGAGCUCGACAAUUGUCUUGAAAAUGGCAAUAGUUGUUCGCACAGGGGCUUUACUGUUAUAUCUCUGGAGCGUUUUCAUGCAGCUCAGUUGCAUGUCAGGUCUAAGGGUCAAUGAACUGCUUUAUUUCCGGGUCAUCAGUCCAGAAGAGAUAGGAUAUAUAUUCAGUGCUGCACCUGCUAAAGACUUUGGGGGACAUUUUACAUCAUCCUAUGAGGAGAUUUUCCUGGUGCCAGCAAACCCAGCAGAUGGCUGCACAGACCUGGAGGACAGAGAAAUGGUUCAGGGACAAGUAAUCCUGGUAGAAAGAGGAGGUUGCUCCUUUGUACAAAAGGCCAGAAAUGUGGAGGAAGCAGGAGGCAAGGCUGUUCUAAUUGCGGAUAAUGCAGCUGACAAUGACAGUCAUUACCUUGAUAUGAUCACAGAUGGGAGCACUGCUAAACCAAGCAUACCUGCUCUAUUCCUGCUGGGACGCGAUGGGAUGAUGAUCAGACGAACCCUUCAGAGACAAGCACUGCCGUGGGCUGUCAUUUCCAUCCCUGUCAACGUUUCCUCUUUGGCCUCCUUCCCACUGAAGCAGCCUCCAUGGACACUGUGGUAGAAAUGACGCACACCCACAACUUGAUCCACUUCCUCUUUCAGUGAACAUUCCUUCAUCAUGCAUAUCCUGUCAGAUUUGAAUAAACUCUCACCUCUAUGGAAAUUA